UUUGGUCACACUUGGAUCAGCGAGUUUUGGAAGAAGUGAUUUUCAUUAAGAUUUCUUAUUUUUAAACGGACAUGUGUGAUUGGGUUAAGAAAGCAGAGGACCAGGAAGUGUCUAAGCUGGUCGACCAACUGAACAUAGAAUCCGGUAUUGCUCUAGAUCAGAAAGAGAAACGGGGAAAUAAUAAAAAGGCGGGCACAAUUGUUGAUGAGAACGAGAUCGAUUUCGCUGAUCCAGCCGAAACCAGUCUCCUUAUUAAAAUAUUAGGAAAGGGUCUGGUAAAUACGAAGUUAUCGCUCGACAUUCAACAAAAAAAUCCGAAUUCGCCAUUACAUUCUGUUAAAACCUUUGAGGCUUUACACCUAAAAUCGUCUCUUUUAAAAGGAAUAUACGCAAUGGGAUUUAAUACGCCAUCGAAAAUUCAAGAAACAGCCUUGCCAACUCUUCUUGCGGAUCCACCACAAAAUAUGAUAGCACAAAGUCAGUCGGGAACAGGAAAAACAGCAGCAUUUGUUUUGGCCAUGCUUAGUCGUGUGAACGUUAGCUUAAAUCAUCCUCAGGUUCUUUGCUUAUCCCCUACAUACGAGUUGGCUAUUCAAACUGGUGAAGUCGCAGCACGGAUGGGACAAUUUUGUCCGGAUAUUAAACUAAGAUUUGCAGUCCGAGGUGAAGAAGUUAAUCGCAGUAAAAAAAUUGAGGAACAUAUUCUUAUUGGAACCCCCGGAAAACUUUUAGACUGGGGCUUAAAAUUUCGUCUAUUCGAGAUGAAAAAAAUAACCGUUUUUGUGUUAGAUGAAGCAGAUGUCAUGAUAGCCACCCAGGGUCAUCAUGAUCAAUGUAUUAGAAUACACAAAAUGCUGAAUCCAAAGUGCCAAAUGUUGUUUUUCUCCGCGACAUAUGAUAAGGAAGUAAUGGACUUUGCUCGUCUGAUUGUUGCAGAUCCUACUGUAAUAAGGUAUUUUUACAUCGCACUAUUUAGAAUUAUAUUUUAAACGAGAAAGAAGAACCGAUAUUCAGUUUUGAAUAAAGCCACGAUUUAUGUAAA